GAUGCUGGGGAGGAGGAAGGUUGAUGAAAUAACCAGCGACUAGUGAGAGCUCGGUGCGGCUCCGAUGUAGACGGGCUUUUCCCGUGUAGGGGAAUUGCCAAUCAAAGCCAGCUCGGCGAGAAGAAGAGAGACUUCCCCAGUAAAGAGAGAGAGAGACACGGAGGGAGAGAAAGAGAGAGAGAGAGAGAGAGAGAGAGAGAGAGAGAGAGAGAGGAGAUACACAGAAGGAAUCAGCAUGGCCACGAUAACGUCCACUCGGUUCAGCGAGGAAUAUCAGAUGUACGAGGAGCUGGGAAAAGGAGCCUUCUCGAUUGUCAAGCGCUGUGUGAAGACUUUGACAGGACAGGAAUAUGCAGCGAAGAUUAUCAACACCAAGAAGCUGUCGGCUCGGGAUCACCAGAAACUGGAGAGAGAAGCUCGGAUAUGCCGUUCCCUCAAACAUCCUAAUAUCGUGAGACUACAUGACAGUAUAUCUGAAGAGGGACAUCACUACCUGAUAUUUGAUUUAAUAACAGGUGGAGAGCUGUUUGAAGACAUUGUGGCUCGGGAAUACUACAGUGAGGCCGAUGCCAGUCACUGUAUCCAGCAGAUCCUCGAAGCGGUCCUUCACUGUCAUCAGAUGGGCAUUGUGCAUCGAGAUCUCAAGCCGGAGAACUUGCUGCUUGCUUCCAAGAACAAAGGGGCUGCCGUGAAGCUCGCUGACUUUGGCCUUGCCAUUGAAGUUGAAGGGGACCAACAGGCUUGGUUUGGCUUUGCCGGCACUCCGGGGUAUCUCUCUCCCGAGGUCUUGAGGAAGGAUCCCUAUGCUAAACCUGUGGACCUGUGGGCUUGUGGUGUCAUUCUCUACAUCCUCCUGGUUGGUUACCCUCCAUUCUGGGAUGAGGACCAGCACAGACUCUACCAGCAGAUCAAAGCUGGGGCCUACGAUUUCCCGUCUCCAGAGUGGGACACUGUGACACCUGAGGCCAAAGAUCUCAUCAACAAGAUGUUGACGAUUAACCCUGCCAAACGCAUCACUGCAGCGGAGGCCCUUAAACAUCCCUGGAUCUCGCAUCGGGCCACAGUGGCCUCUUGCAUGCACCGGCAAGAGACGGUCGACUGCUUAAAGAAGUUCAACGCUCGGAGGAAGCUGAAGGGUGCGAUACUCACUACUAUGCUAGCUACACGCAACUUCUCAGGCGGGAAGAAUUCAGGAAACAGGAAAGCUGAUGGAGUGAAGGAGUCCUUGGAGAGUACCAACACUACAAUUGAAGAUGAGGACACCAGAGUCCGCAAACAGGAGAUCAUCAAAGCCACCGAGCAGCUGAUCGAAGCAAUCAGCAAUGGAGAUUUCGAGGCCUACACGAAAAUGUGUGACCCUGGGGUGACUGCGUUUGAACCCGAGGCACUGGGAAACUUGGUGGAGGGACUCGAUUUUCAUAGAUUCUACUUCGAGAAUCUCUGGUGCAAGAACAACAAGCCAAUCCACACCACCAUCUUGAACCCCCACAUCCACCUGAUCGGGGAGGAGGCCGCCUGCAUCGCCUACAUCCGCAUCACCCAGUACAUCGACGGCAACGGUAUCCCCCGCACCGCACAGUCCGAGGAGACCCGCAUCUGGCACCGCCGCGACGGCAAAUGGCAGAUCGUCCAUUUCCAUCGAUCUGGAGCUUCAUCCGCUCUGGCUUACUGAAACCUCGCCGCCCCGUCUCAUGCUGCUAUCCGUGACUGACCUGCACGCCAGUACGAUAUCUCCCUGUCACCUCCCCGCUGGACUCUUGCUUCCCCUGGGGGAGGGGUGGAUUGCUUGGUGGAAUCACAGCUGAGUGGGACGAGUCCCCUCUCUCGCAACCCCGCGUUUAGCAGAGAGAGUGAUGAAUUUCAUAUCACACCAUCCUUUUUUGUACCCUGAAAGGCAAUAUUUGUCGUAAAGGCAUGUUUACAGUGAUACCUAUCAUUCAAAUCUGUUUACAGUGGAAGUGUAUUUUUAAAUUGUGAUAAUCCAGUGAUGAUUUUAUGACUUGCCUGAGAUGCAUGUUUUUAAUCUAUAAUGCUAGGUGCAAAAAUUAACUCUAGCCUUUGCAAUUCAAGCAUUGACUUGAGAAGGGGGAAUUAAUGUUUUCUAGAGUUCAGUCGUAGAGAAUACACAGGAUGAAAGACCUAUCAUCUCAAUAAGGCAGCAUCAGUUAGUAACACUGAGGGAUUCAACCGACGUUUCCUGGGAUUGGACCUUUUCCCGAUCCCUUCUUUCACACCUCACCCGCGACUGAAACGGCUGAAAGCACUUUCUUUCUGGAGAUCAGUCCAAGGUCUCAGGAGGGAAACGGGAAUUGGUUUCUGGUUUCAUAAAGGAGGGCUCCCUUGCAAUCCUCGCAAGUCCUCACUUUUACUUGGAGAGCGAUGAUUUUCAAUGCAGUUUGUACAUUUGCAAAUUGUAGAUCUUCCAAAUGAGCUUCCUCUGAUGGUUCUGGCAUCAGUUUGACAUGCCUCUCCCCCCCGCCCCAAAGAAACAGGGCUGAGUAUCCCCUCUUCCCCUCUCCAGGGGAUGUCCAGAGCCAAGUUUCAGUCUUCUCACAGUUUGACCCUGCUGUGGGCCCUGACUGUAUUGGGAAUCAAGUGUUGCCAAUUUAAAUUGGUGUCAGUUCAGUGUUUUUGGAGAACAGGCAAGGAACUAGGACCUGGUUUAACCUUGUUCAUUGCAAGAUGCGCCAUCCAAAGGCAACUAGGCUUCAGCAGCUCUGGCAAAUUGGCCUCUUUCAGGGAAGUGGAGUUUCCAUUCCACUCCAGAACACACCAACCCCCACAUGGACAACGGACUUCCCUAUUAACUCUCACCCUCACACCACCCCCCCCCCACUGGUUGCUCAAUGUCAGAGGACAAGAGGAAGGCGCACCAACUCUUUGACCCUGUUUCCCAGGGCCCUACUGCUUUUUGGUAAAUUGCCACCUGUACCAAGGUUUUGCAUGACAUCUGUACAGAU